UGGGAGCUGCCCGGAUGCCAGGCGCCUUACCCCGAUGUGCAAUGUUAACUACGGCCAGGAGUGUACAAAUGACGAUGACUGUGAUCUGUGGCUCUCGUGCUGUGAGGCCGGAUGUGGGAAGAGAUGUGUCCAUCGGUAUCACAAACGCGGAAAGCGAGACGCAGAGUGUCCCAAACCAUUCCAGAUGCAACAUAUCUGUGACCGGGACGAUGCCGAGGAGUGUGAGGUAGACGAGGACUGCGCAAGGUGGAAGCAGUGCUGUAACGUCGGGAACUGCGGCAAACGCUGCGUCUAUGGGGUCCACAGGCAAGAGGAAGCCUUUGAAUGUCCAGCAGAAUCUCGUCUCCAGCCCAUUUGUCAGAUGAAACUGGGCUCUCAAUGUUCCACUGAUGACGACUGUGAUAUCUGGCAAAAGUGUUGUGAGACUGGAUGUGGGAGGAGAUGUAUCAUGAGCUUCAAGCCUGGAGUGUCUCCUAAAGGCCAAGGAUCCACAUGUCCGGACACGACCAGACUGCAUUAUGUCUGUCGGAUGAACUUCACCGCUCCCUGCGAUGGAGACGAUUCCUGUGGUCACUGGGCAUCGUGCUGUAACACGGAAUGUGGACCUCGAUGUGUGUCACAGUGGUUUGCGAGAAAGCCUGCUGACCAGUGCCCAGAGGAGGACAGCCUCUCCAUGUUCUGUCAGAUCAGCACCGGGCGUUCCUGUAAUGACAACGGGGACUGUGAUGGAUACCACUCGUGUUGUGAUGCUGGCUGUGGGAAGAAAUGCAUCCCAAAGUGUUUCACAGGAGGCCAAGAGAGAGGAAUUGUGUGUGAGCUGUCUGGUGUACUGCGGCAGAUCAUGGAGUGGUGUUGUGAAGGCUGA